AUGGGAUUCCUCCACAAAACCUCCAAGCAGACAGCGAAGCUCAAGUCCCUCCUGGGGCUCGCCGUCUCCCGCAUCGCCGUCGCCCGCCAGCCGCGCCUUGCUCGCAGGUCCAUCGCCUGCAGCGAUGUCAGCCAGCUCCUCGUCCUCGGCCACCUUGACCGCGCCCUCCACCGCGCAGAGCAGGUUAUCCAGGAGGACAACAUGCUGGAGGCGUUCGGCAUCAUAGAGCUCUACUGCAAGCGCCUCAUCGAGCAGGCUGAGCAGUUAGACAAGCCGGAGGAGUGCGGCGAGGAGCUACGGGAAGCGGCGGCCAGCAUCAUGUUCGCCGCCGGGUGGUGCGGCGACCUGCAGGAGCUGCUGUUUGCCCGUACCAUCCUCGCAGACAAGUUCGGCGGCGACUUUGCUGUCGCGGCCAAGGAGGGCACCGGCAUCGUCGAUCCCAUCUUGGUCUGGAAGCUGUCCGGAAACACAACGAGCAUGGAACUGAAGAAGAAAUUGACAAAAGAGAUCGCCGCCGAGAACAACAUCUUGGUGGACUUCUCUGAGCUUCCAGAAGCAACGGAGGAUGGCAACAACAAUGUUCCAGACAGUCAGGAGCUCCUCGGCCAAAUGUCAUGCCAGGACGACAUGGAUGAAGGUUCAGAGUCGGACAAUGAACAUCCUCGCUCACACGGAACAAACACACCCGGGCUGGAGAGCGACGAGAAUGUGCACAUCGUUACCAAUUCUGACGGAUCAGAUGAUGAGGUUACAGGCCGGCGUAACCGAAGGUGGUGGCGCCUUGGGUGCGCAUGA